CCAGAGCCUGCCUAGGCCAAGGCCGCUCUGCGCAUGCGGGUUCGGCGGAUCCCUGCCCGGGAGUCUCCAACUGGAAACAAACCUUCUCAGAACCAUGUCGCGGCCUUGUCAGCUUCAGGAGACCGAAACAAUUUGAUAGAUGAUGCGAAAGCCCGCUUGAAAAAGCUUGAUGUUGGGACCAAAUAUGAUCACUUAUCGUGUCACAAAUACUCCAUCCUUUUGCCAUUAUUGGUUAAAGAAGGAAAACUUCACCUGCUGUUCACCCGCCGGUCGGAGAAGCUAAGAAGGUCACCUGGAGAAGUUUGCUUCCCUGGAGGAAAGAGGGAUCCCACGGACAAGGAUGACAUAGACACAGCUCUGCGGGAAGCGCAGGAGGAGGUGGGGCUGCGUCCUCAGCAAGUGGAGGUCAUCAGCCGCCUGGUGCCUUAUCUGUUUGACAAAGAUACACUGGUAACCCCAGUGGUGGGUUUUAUAGACCACAACUUCCAGGCCCAGCCUAAUCCUGAUGAAGUCAAGGAUGUGUUCCUGGUGCCACUGGACUACUUCCUGUAUCCGAAGGUCCACUCCCAGAAGUACAUCACACACUCUGGACAUGGUUUUAUUUUUCAUUGCUUUGAGUAUACAAAUCCUGAAGAUGGGGUGACUUACCUAAUCAGGGGCAUGACUGCAAAACUUGCUCUAUUGGUUGCCUUAAUUAUUUGGGGGGAAAAACCUAACUUUGAGAUAGAAUUUAAUCUCGAUGAUGUCAUAGCAUCUUGUGAAAAGUCCUUCCUUCAUAAAUAUGCUACAAGCCAGCUGUGACUUACUAGAUCAAAAUCCAAAAACUAGCCAUAGGUCUCCGGGGUGAGCUUAUGCACAGAGCAUCAGAAAACACCAGGUAUAGAGAUCAGAUAGAUGUGAACGACUUUCCUGCAUAUGAAAGUAAAAUCCUUGCCUUUUUUCCUAGUUGUUUUCUAUUGAUAUCUGGAAGAGCAGAAGUCUUUCAAGAGUGGAAAGUGUAUUUACAGUGUCAUUUGAUUUCCCCCACAAUAUGCUAAUGCUUUCUUAAAUGCUUAAGAGAGAGGAUCUGGCACAUAAUAAGCUCUUGAUAAACGUGACCAUGUGGCAUUUGUCUUAUGUGUAGGACAGUGUCCUUUUUAGUCUGUUGUUAGAUGUGGCUGAAGCUUGGUGGCUGUCAGCACCUGCCCUCCCUUUCCUCCAUGGCAGGUGCCCCAGGGGGCAGCAGCAUUCCCCAGGAUCCCUGCCAUGAAGUGGGCCUCUGGGAUUUCAUUGAGGCCAGUAUGAUGGAGGUGGGCGUUGACCCUGAGGUUGUCCCCAGCUUAAGAGACAAGCCAAUUUCCCUAUUCCACUCUGUCUCUUCCAUGAGCUGUUCUAUGGGCUUCUCUGCAACCCAGUCUUCACUGUAUAGAUAAGGAAAAUUCCAGGGGUGGGUGGCAGAACCAAAAGAUGGUCAGAGCUCAGAUCUUCGAAUGAAGCAAUUGUCCCACCCGCCCUGAUGCUUGGGAUGUGUUCCAGGAGGGAAGAAUAAAAUUCUAUCAUCACUCUGCCACUGGAAUUUGGGGUACCUUUUUCACAUGCUUGCUGUAACCCUAAGUAAUAUUCUGUAACACUUGAAUAUGGCUAAAUAACCAUUUGCCAAAGCUUAAGGGGUUUGUUACAAAUAGCACUUGGCAUUCCAGUACGUAGGUUCUGUGGCGUAUAUACACAGUGCCCUCCGUGGGCCUGGGGGUUUCGUAGAUGUCAGCUAAAACAGCCAAAAUCCAGAACUCAAGAAGCCAGUACACCUACUGAUUGGGAGAGGGAACCAUCUAUGUCUCAUGAUGAUGAGGGCAGAAAACCUGGUUCCAAACACAAGCCCCAAAGUGAAAAGUCGAAAGAUAAACAUUCUGAACGGACUGCCUUGAGAUCCACCACUUCUGUGGGCAUCUCCGUGAACCGUGCUUUGGAGUCAGCAGGAAUGCCUUUGCUUAAUCAUGACACUGACUGACCGUGUUGCGUGAGGUCAGAGAAGCUGGCGACUAAAGCCGCACAACCACAGCUCUGGGGUGGCAGUCUCACGCCUUGCUGAGUGUUACUUAAUUAUUAGGAAGCCAAAGCAUUUUUAAGUAAGACUUUACUCUUGCUGAAACUGCAAUACCAUCAAUCUGCCAUGCAACUGUCCACAGCUGCUGAGUUUUUAUUUUCUGAAAGUUGGCAGAGGCAAAGACCCAUUCCCCUCCCUGCUCUAUACCCAUAAAUGUUUCAAAGGCAUAAAUCUAGCUGCAGCCUUGAAAGCAGAUGUUGGGUAGCCACCCCAUUAACAUUCUGUAACUAGCCCUCCAUGAGCAGCCCCAACUGUUUCUGAACAAUUACAGAGGCAUUUGCAAAUGUGUAUUUACAGUCUGACAGUGGCAUAAUUGCCGGGUAGAUGGCUGACCUCUCUGGCAAUACAGAAAGCCACCCUUCCGAACUGUUUAUUUACAUGAAGUGCACAGAUCCGCCUGGCUUCUGAGAGGAGAUGGCCCAGCUGAAGUCUGCAGUCUGAGCGACAUUUGUAGAUGCCCAGUUUACAGUGCUGGAUACUUAGCAGUGGAGAUAUCAUCUUUUUAGCAGUGUGUUUUAUGACAUCUAUGUUCAGGGCUCUAAUUAAGCAACAAAUCUGGAUCAAAUGAAAGAAGUUAUUGGCAAGGUGCAGAUCUCAGGGAAUCUACAAAGCCCCUGAACAAAUCAACUCCAAGAAGGACAGCAGUGGGAGCCAAUGCAGCUGCUACCUCAAAAAGUAGAGGUCACAGACCUUCUCUUUGCAUCCUGCCAAUGUCUGUUAGAAUUGCCUGAUCAGACAGACAAGCCACAGAAACUCAGUGAACUCAGUGCCUUAGUCCCCAGUUCCUUGGAAAAGACUCCCUCUGGCUUACUGUGGGGUCACCAGGGAGGUUUCCAGUAACCUGGGAGGCCUUUCAAGGGCGAGGGUCAGUGUGGGCUAGCAGACAACCCAAAGCAUCUUCUUCUAGUCCCCACUUCUGUGAAUGGAUUCUGUGAUCCAGAUUCUCAGCAGCCCUGUAGUGUUGGUAAAGAAGUAAAGAGCCCUGACCUGGAAUCAGGAUGCUUAGGUGUGAAAACUAGCUCCAGCAUCUUCCAUUCUGUGACCUUGAGCAAGUUAUCCCUCCUCUGUAGACCUCCAUUUCCUCUUUGGUAACUUGUAGGAAUGAACUUUCUGUUCUGGCCUGUCAGGGGAUUCAAAGAGUAACACAGGAUCCUUUCACUUAAAGCACUCCCAGGGGCUCAAGGACGAUUUCCUGUUACCUAUUAAUUAUGGCAUUAUCGUCACUCUACCACAGCUGCAUCAUUUUCCCACUAGGGGGUUCUAGAACUUUCUCAGGUCACUGAGCCCUUGGCAUCUUAGUUUUUUCCAAGGCACAUCGAAGUCAAAAGAGACACCUAACAAUUUUGUUUAUUAUGUAGUUAGAUCCAAAUAACAUAAUAAAUGUUUAUCUCCUACUAACUUGGAAGCCAUUUAAAAAGAUACACAGAAAGAAAAAUACUGUUUUCAUUUCAGUCUUAACCACGAUUGCUCACUGAAGGGUGUGUGCACCUGCUGGGCUUAGAAGUAAAUACGAGAGCUAAUAAAUACAGUCGUAUGGUAAGAUAAGCCCACAGAAAGAGGGACCCUAGCUCAGAUCUGGGACUCAGGGAAAACAUCUGGGAGGGAGCAGUGUCUGAAUUGAGCCUGGUGAACGAGGAGAUGCCACCCUAGUGAGUGGGUGGUGGUGCCAAGCCUGGGAUCAAAGUGUACUGAGCUGCUGUUCUGUACCCAGUCCUUCCCUUUAUUCCAUUUACCCCUCAUACCAGUUCUCUGUAGUGAGGACUAUUGCUGUUCCUAUUUUUUAGAUAGGACAACUAGAAGGUCAGAGAGGUUGACUGUUUGCUCAUGGUCACCCAGAUUGUAAAUGGCAGAGCCAACAUCAGACCCCAAAUUAUGAGUUUCAAAGCCCAUGCACUUUCUCCUCCUCCCACUCAUUCCGAGAUGCGGCAGAAGGGAAGGUCGAGUUCCCACUUCCCUGGCAUCGCCUCAGGUGGGAGGGAAAGUAAGGGGGUGAAUCCAGUGCACUGGGUGCACAGUUUAUUUUUGCCUUAAUCAUGUCCUCCGGCCUCUUCAGCUGGCAUUGUACACAGCAAGAUGAGUAAUUAGCUAGGAUGAUUUUAAUUAAAGUGGAACAUACCAAUUAAUAAAUGAAGUGCUGGCAUACUUGCUAAUUUGCCAACUCAGUCAUGAUACCGGGUCCCCAGUUAAAGAUCAGUUGGGAGCCAUCCCUCCACCCCUCGGAUGAGAUGAUACAGCUCGAGUUUUGCUGUUUCUCUUUUUCAUUUGGUUUCUUGAGAAUAACAUGAGAUCCUGAUAAAACUGAUGCCUGAUCAUCACAUGGUCCAGUUGUCUUAGCUGUGACACAGUUGUCUUAGCUGUCACAUACUUGUGGCCCCCAGUGGGGGCGGAGCAUAUGCUCAAUUCAGAAUUCCUGAUUGCCAUCCCAUCCCCACCCACUCCCCUCCCUGUGUAGUCCCACUGAUGAACAUAGCCCAGACUUUGCAAGUUCAUCUUCUGUGUACAUAUCUUCAGCCACCCCUAAUUUAUACUGUGGACACUCCAUUGAUCCUUUGCACACCUGUAGUGCACCUGUGUAUCCUUAUGUUUGUCCAACCUGACCCUGGAAAGGACAGAUCCACAGACCAUGAGAUCCUCAGUCUGACUUCCCCUGGCCUCAGGUGAGUGGAUCAGGGGUCAAGGACUGACCCAAAGGUAGCCUUUAAUUUGAUGACCAAUAAUCUGUGACUUGUUUGGUCUCACAUAAGUGACCCGAGUCUGUAAGGUGGUCCCAAAGACUUUGACCUCUACCGGAACAUAACAUACUCUUGGGAAAUAUUUGGAAGUGAGCCCAAGAAGUCGAAGUCUAAAGGUUUGUUGGCCAAUAAUUGGUGGAAUCGUGUCUUGGCUCUGAGCAGCAGUUGCCAUGUGAGAGAUUCCACCUGAUGCAACUGGAUGGAGAAGAAAUAGUUCCUGAAGCAACAUAAAGAUCCUUUUUCAAGUUCCCAUACUCAAGUCUGUAGGUUUUUAUUUUAUAGCUGUGGACUUGGCGUGAGAUUUUCCUUGACUGUGACUUUCCUCUUUCUCCAUGUUCGCACGUCCUCAGGCCUUUAUUCCCUACUGUGCCAUGGUCCACAGGCAUUUCUGGGUCAUUUUUCUUUUCACUUAUUAUCAAUGGGAAACUUUUAAGAUUUCCUCUGAUUAUUUUCUUCUCACUUAACUCGUGUCUGUUUCUCCACUCUGGGCUCUUUCCAUCUCUUUCUUCCAGCCUUGAGCUUGUCUUCUGAUUCUGCCACAUUUCAUGGAUCCCAAAAGACGUUCUGAGAAAUUGCCUACAUUUUUCUUUUUUGACUAUAAAUCUGUAUGGCCUACAGUCAGGCUCAAGGAUAUAUUGAAAAUAGGGGGAACGUUUUUGCUAGAACUCUUAACCUGUUGUAAACAUGAAUCAGUGCAUCUUAGUGAAUUGAAUAAACAGCCCCCAAAUAACACAUCCCAAUCCUAACCUCAUUUCUGGUGAAUGUGACCUUUUUUGAAAAUAGGGUCUUUGCAGAUGUAGUUAAGGAUUUUUAGAUGGGAUCAUCCUGGAUGCCGAAUGGGCCCUAAAUUCAAUGACGGGCAUCUUUAUAAAUGGGAGUGUUAUGAGGAGCCACUUCAGAAAACACUCUAAGUCUGAAUUUAAAUCAAAGAGAGCUUUAUUGACCAGGGACUGUCACCCACAUGUAGAGACUGAAUCUCUGUGGGAGAACAGCAAUUUCCCUGUCUUUACCUUCAUCAGUUAAGGAUAAAAACCACAAGCCCUGGGAAGUUCUUAGCAUGCGAGCUAGCCGUCACAGAAGCUAAAACAGCAGUUAGUGGAACUUUAGAGCCCCUAAGCAGAACUAAAGACCCCCUAAGGUAGAUGUAUGGUUUGGGUUUUAGUACAUUUGCAGGGUACAAAGUACAGAAAACACAACUCUUUGGGGGAAGACAGCUCAGACGCUGAUUUCCCAGAAAUGGCUCCUACAGGAAUAGCAAUGGAGUCACUUUAGCCAUGCUUACUCAUGUUGGCCUACAACAAUUUUUGCCUUAAUAUGACUAUGUCUUAAUUAUUUUUAUCUUGUAACUUAACCUAUAUCAUCUUAACAUUUGCCUGUGACUAUAGUUAACCUGUGGGCUCCCCCACACACAUACUUACAACUUGUAUUAUCUAUACCAAUCACUAAUAUCCUCAAGUCUUAUGUCUGUGUACUAUAUAAGGCUGUGUGUUUAUCCUACUGUAUUGUUAUUUCUAUCUUAAAACAUAUUUAAGUAUCUUGACAUUAACUUUUAUUUUUAUUAUUUUCUAUUUAUUGAUUUAUGUCUAUUAAUCUAUAGCCUGUGCCCUAUCAAUAUGACUUAUUAAUAAUCUGUGAUUUAUCUCUUAUAAAACUGCUUAUUUUAGACCAUAACAGGAGGAGAGGGAGGUUUGAGACACAGAGCUCUAGAGUCAGCAGGGAAGAGUACCACGGGAAGACAGUCAAGGUUAGAGAUGCUGUCCCAAGCCAAGGGACAACAGGAGUCACCAUAAGGUGGAAGAGGCAGCGAGGACCUUCCUGAGAGCCUCUGGUGGGAGCAUGGCCCCGCCAACACCCUCAUUUCUGACUUCUGGCCUCUGGAACAGUGAGAUAAUACAUUUCUGUAUUAUAUUUGUGGUAAAUUUUUAAUGACAACCCUAGGUGCCUGCUCACCUCCCUUCUGAAACAGCUGCCCCUUUUGAGGUACACAGCUCUCCUUCAGUCUCUGGUCACACGGAAACAGGCCACCAUGGACUGUCAGGGUCUGGCACUCAGCCUGAAGUAGCUAAUCACAUUUAUCCCCUCGGAAAUCCCUUGGGUGUAGGUCUAAGUGGCCCCAGAGUCUGUCUGCCUGCCGUCUGUGGGUCACCGUUUGCCCUGGGAAGCAGGUGAUAUUUGUUUGCAAUGAGAGGAUAGCGGAGUCAGUGCCCAGCACAGAACAGUAAGGGGAGUCCUCAGCGUGUCCUAUGGGAACUGGGGUCCUGAGUGUUCUCAUGGUUUCCAUGAAAUGCCCCCAAACUUUAGAACAUGGUCUGUAACGUGCAAGCUGAGGGUUUCUAUAACAUCCUCCAACGGUGUCCCCCAUAACACAGUGCUCAUCACUGCCUUCUUUAACCUCCCUCCUUCACUUUCCUCACCCCUGUCGUACCAUGGGGGCCUUAGUAAUUCUGUUCUUUAUUCACUGAGAGUAGAGCUACACAUGUGCAGAACUUUCUGGAGGCACUGUGGUGUGGUAGGGAAGACUAUGAAGAUGGAAAACCCAGGGUUAGAAUUCUGCCAUUAUCGCUAGCUGUGUGACCCAUGGAGCAGAUCAGGCCAUACAGAAAGAACAAAGGACAAAUGGACAACUGGCAUUUUGACCUCUUGUGAGAGGCUGACCCAAUCCACAAGGAAGAGGGCAUGGUGGGAAGCCCAGAGCCUGCCACACGUGGAAUGGGACCUGCUCUGCUAGAUAAGGGAGUAGGAGGAAUGGUUUCCCCCGCUUGGCUCUUCUCACCUUGUCCCCUCUACAGUCAUCCCUCUGACUCUUCCGUAGGAUCCGUGAGAAACAAAGGGAAGCACUGCAGACCCAAGUUAGCACACCCGUGUCUUUCUGAAGCUCCAAGUCAUUGACAUCUCUUUUCUGAAAUAAGCAUGUCAAAGUCUGAAUCAAAAUCCCUGAUCAUCCUUAAGCCUGGGUCAGCUUUUGGGUCUGUGCUAACCCGCAGGAAUGAACUUGAGAGCUGUGCUUUCCAAUAUGGCGGCCACUAGACGUGGGCCUACAGUUGCCUGCAGUGUGGUGAGUCUGAUUCAAGAUUUUAUAAAAUACACAGCAGGUGUCAAAGGCUCAGCGUUGACGACGUGUUGAAAUGAUAAUGUUAUGGAGAUGUUGGGUUAAAUAAAAUAUAGUAUUAAAAUUAA